ACUGAUAGAUGGCACUGACUGGCAUCACUGCUGGGCACUGACUGGCGGCACUGACUGGCACAACCCCUGGGCACUGACUGGUGGCACUGACUGGCAGCACUGCUGGGAUGCACUGGUGGGUGGCACUGGUGGGCAGCACUGGUGGGUGGGCACAGGUGGGUGCACUGCUGGGCACAGGUGGGCAGAACUUGCGGGUGGCACUGCUGGGCACCGAUCAUCAGGGCACUGAUCAUCAGUGCCCUGAUGAUCGGUGCCGAUCCCCACUCUGACAACUGCCGGUUCUUGGCAGUACUUUCCUCACGAUCUGACAGCGUGAGGAAAGUGCAGCCGAGAACCGGCACUUGCAU